AUAUAAUAUCAAAUCAAUACAAACAAGUAUUUUUUAAGUUGACGUAAGACGUGAAAAUAAUCGAAACAAAUAUCGUCGAAAAACACAAUUCUUUCGUCAUGCGUUAUCAGAAAUUAUCAAGUUCACUAAUUACAAUUGCAGAUAAGACUUAUUAUUUAAUUUAUUCCUUACACCCGAUGCGACAGCGAACAUUGUGUAGAGAAAUUACAUAGCAAAAUGACUACUUUAACCAAAAAAGUUUUGAAUCUUAGUAGAUUGGUUAAGAAUGUCGAUAAUUAUACAAAAAGGCUAUCAUCUCAUUUUAAUUACUAUCCCGAUAUUGAAAAACCGGUAGAAGGAGAAACUUCAAAAAUGAAUAUGAUGCAGGCCAUAAACAAUGCUAUGGAUAUUACACUUAAGAAUGAUCCUAGUGCCGUGUUGUUCGGUGAAGAUGUUGGUUUUGGUGGAGUCUUUCGAUGUUCCUUAGGAUUACAGGAAAAAUAUGGCAAAGAUCGAGUUUUUAACACUCCACUCUGUGAACAAGGUAUUGCAGGCUUUGGUAUAGGAUUGGCAACAGCUGGAGCCACGGCUAUAGCUGAAAUUCAAUUUGCAGAUUACAUCUUCCCUGCUUUCGAUCAAUUAGUGAAUGAAGCAGCUAAAUAUAGAUACCGAUCAGGUGGCCAGUUUGACUGCGGAGGGUUAACCGUGAGAGCUCCUUGUGGAGCCGUUGGUCACGGUGGCCUGUACCACUCGCAAAGCCCUGAGGCCUACUUUGCCCAUGCAGCUGGAUUAAAAGUGGUAGUUCCAAGAGGUCCGAAUGCAGCUAAGGGUCUAUUGCUGGCGUGUCUACAGGAACGAGACCCAUGUAUAUUUCUGGAGCCCAAGAUAUUGUACAGAUCUGCAGCUGAGGAUGUGCCAGUUGACAGCUUCACCCUGCCUAUUGGAAAGGCACAAGUCUUAAAAGAAGGUGAUGCAGCUACAUUGAUAGGAUGGGGCACACAGGUGCAUGUACUACUAGAGGUGGCUCAAAUGGCGCAGGAGCAGCUGGGAGCCAACUGUGAGGUUAUAGACCUUAUGUCAAUCCUACCUUGGGACCAAGACACCGUAUUUAAUUCGGUUAAGAAGACGGGUCGGUGUCUGAUCGCCCACGAGGCGCCUCUCACGUGCGGAUUCGGUGCAGAACUAGCGGCAUCUAUACAAGAGGAGUGCUUCCUGCAGCUGGAGGCGCCGGUGCGGCGCGCGGCGGGCUGGGACGCGCCGUUCCCGCACGUGUUCGAGCCGCUGUACAUCCCCACGCGCGCGCGCUGCCUCGACGACCUCGCGCAGCUGCUGCGCUACUGACUCCGCUCGACUCGAACGCCGAACGAGCUCGAGCUCACCUCGGCCGUCUCCGGUCUACGAAUCGACGUAUGAGUGCCGAAAACUUCUAACACAAAUGUAUGGCGCGAUACCUUCAAAAUUUCAUCGGUAUUGAAUAUGAUGAAAUUUAAUUUAAAAAUUUCUACGAUUUUUAAUAUUUCAUUAAUAUAUAAAUUAUUACAUAUUUGGCAAAAUUAUUAAAUUAAAAUAUCGUCUAUGAAUUACAUUAUUCAGAGCAAAUCGCAUAGAAAAAAAUCUAUAUCAGUUUUCGAUUAGCACCUCGUACAUAGUUCCACUUCUACAAUAGACAAUGUUGAUAUCAGAUGUGUGUUGAUUAUGUAAAGAAACGAAUUUUUAAUUUGUACUAUAACUAGGUGAUCGUAAAUCCGUUAUUCCAGACGCGCUCCUAUUGAAAUUCUCAUGUAAUUACUAUAACAUUGUAAUUAGUAAAUCCGGACAUUUUAGUAGACUACGAUACCCGAAGCGCAUAUCACGUGUAUGUGUCCACGUGAGUUAAUGUACAUGUAAAUUUUACGUUUAAUACAAAAAUAUGAUUUUUUAUGUUUUAUACAUAUAUUUUUGUUGUACGUUUUUUUGUGUCUAUGAUAUUGU